UGAUGUUUUAAUAAUAUUUAACCUAGAAUUAAUGGUAAACAAGAGCGUCAAAGUUAACAAAUUUUGAAAGUACCUGCUACUACAGUACAUGGUUCACUCUUCUCUUUGGCGAUUUCGUCUUCAACAAAUCCCUUGGCGGCGUCUUCGUAAAUCUUGUUUCCACACUUCUCCAUGUCGUCCAUACCCACCAAUUUCUUCUCCCGACGUCGUUUCAGUUCCCUCGUGCUACUACUCCCAUACGAAUAACAAUGAUCAAUCCCUCUUCGAUCACGUUCUUGGAUUAUGCUUGACGGCUCAGCAAUGCAAGCAAGUUCAUGCCCAAGUACUUGUAUCCGAUUUCAUCUACCGUUCCGGUUCAUUAGCUGCGAAUUUCAUAUCGGUUUACUCUCGGUUAGGACUCCUCGUCGAUGCCCGUAACGUCUUUGAGACUGUUUCUCUUGUUCUGUGCUCUGAUUUGCGUCUGUGUUACUCGAUUCUCAAAGCUAAUGUGUCUCAUGGUUUACACGAGACUGCUCUUGAUCUUUACAAUGGAAUGCGUGAAAAAGGUCUCGCAGGGGACGCGUAUGUAUUACCAUUGAUCCUUCGAGCUUGUAGAUACUUGCGUCGUUUUGGUUUAUGUCAAGCUUUUCAUAGCCAUCUUAUUCAGAUUGGUUUAAAAGAGAAUCUUCAUGUGGUUAACGAGUUGCUCGUGUUGUAUGCUAAUAACACUGGAAGCGUUGGAGAUGCCUACAAACUGUUUGUUGAAAUGCCUGUGAGAAACCGUAUGUCGUGGAACGUUAUGAUUAAAGGGUUUUCUCAAGAGUAUGACUGUGAAAAUGCUGUUGAGAUUUUUGAGUGGAUGCAACGUGAAGAGUGUAUACCAGAUGAAGUGACUUGGACUUCAGUUUUAUCAUGUCAUUCGCAAUGUGGCAAGUUUGAAGAUGUGAUUAAGUAUUUUCAUGUUAUGAGGAUGAGUGGAAGUGUUGUUAGUGGCGAAGCUCUUGCUGUUUUUUUCUCUGUAUGUGCUGAGUUAGGAGCGUUAAGUACUGCUGAGAAAGUUCAUGGGUAUGUUAUAAAAGGUGGGUUUGAUGAGUGUUUGCCCUCGAAGAACGCGUUGACACACGUGUACGGGAAGCAAGGGAGAGUUAAAGAAGCAGAACAGUUGUUCCGGCAGAUAAGAAACAAAGGUAUAGAGAGCUGGAAUUCUUUGAUAACGUCGUUUGUGGAUGCUGGUAAACUCGACGAGGCUCUUUCAUUGUUUACUGAGUUGGAGGAAAUGAAUGAUGUUUGUAACGUCAAGGCUAACGUGGUUACCUGGACCUCUGUUAUCAAGGGUUGUAACGUCCAAGGAAGAGGAGAUGAUUCACUUGAGUAUUUCCGGCGAAUGCAGUUUUCCAAAGUAUUGGCUAAUUCUGUGACGAUUUGUUGUAUACUAUCAAUUUGUGCGGAGCUUCCAGCUAUAAAUCUCGGAAGAGAGAUCCAUGGGCAUGUGAUACGGACCUCAAUGAGCGAUAACAUUCUGGUUCAGAAUGCAUUGGUGAAUAUGUACACAAAAUGUGGGUUACUCAAUGAGGGGAGUCUUGUAUUUGAAGCAAUUAGGGACAAGGAUUUGAUCUCAUGGAAUUCGAUAGUCAAAGGUUAUGGUAUGCAUGGGUUUGGCGAGAGAGCGUUAAGUAUGUUCGAUCGAAUGAUAAGUUCUGGGUGUCAUCCUGAUGGGAUCACUUUGGUAGCUGUUCUUUCAGCAUGUAGUCAUGCAGGGCUGGUUGAAAAGGGACGCGGAAUUUUCUAUUCGAUGAGCAAAAAAUUUGGAUUAGAACCCCAGCAAGAGCACUAUGCAUGUAUUGUUGAUCUCCUUGGUCGUGUAGGGUUUGUGAAAGAAGCGAGUGAGAUUGUGAAGAACAUGCCUAUGGAGCCCAAGGUCUGUGUGUUGGGAGCUCUAUUAAAUUCUUGCCGGAUGCAUAAAAACAUGGACAUUGCAGAGGAUAUAGCAUCCCAACUUAGCGUUCUUGAACCGGAGAAGACAGGAAGCUAUAUGUUGCUUUCUAACAUCUACUCUGCUGGUGGGAAGUGGGAAGAAUCUGCAAAGGUUAGGGCUUCAGCCAAGAAAAAGGAUUUGAAGAAAGUUUCUGGAAGCAGUUGGAUUGAAUUGAAGAACAAAUCCUACAAAUUCUCAUCAGGGUCAAUAGUACAAAGCGAGUUUGCGAGCGUCUACCUGGUUCUUGAGGAUUUGGUUAGUCAUAUGUUGAAAAAAGGCCCUACACAUGAUGAGAACAAUUAUGAGGAUGAUCAAUUGUGGACAGCAUAAGAGAUGAGUAAUCCGCGCAUAGACUGAGAUGAUGCACAUCAGACAAAAACCAAACCUAUGGAACCUAUCAGGUUCUAAUAAUCCUCGGCGUUAUCUUUGAUGGUAAUAGGCAAAGAACAGCUCUUGCCUCUCCUGAGCUAGAGACCAACCGAUGUCAAGCUGCUGGAGAACCAAGAGUUGUAGCACUGGAACGCUCAAUCUGGCACUGAUGGUCACACAAAACAGUUUAAAACCCUUGAAGAGAAGAAUGGUGUGUAUACUUUAUAGCGAUAUAUUGUGUGAGAUGAUUACAGUUGUUGAAGUUUAAUGAUAAUUUAGUAAUCAUACAUACAACGUUAUGAAAGAAUUUCAAUAACAAUAAUAACGUUUUGCCCUAA